AGAGUACAACAUCAAACCUUGUAGAAUACAGAACGAAAAGGACGCCCUUUUUCUUUUUUCUUUUUUUUUUUUUUUAAACCUCUGCAACCAGCCUGUUGAGUCGACCAGCGGUACACCCUUGUCAAGUACUUUCUGGAGAGGAGCGUCAAGGUCAAGAUUUCGUGGAGAUGUCACGCUGGGGGCGUAAGAACGUAAAGAAGGCUCCAGAGGUGAUCCGCACGGUGACAGAGGGACUCAAGUCUCUGUACCGCAAGAAGCUGCUGCCCCUGGAGCAGUACUAUGGCUUCCAUGACUUCCACUCGCUCAGCAUGGAGGACGCUGACUUUGACAACAAGCCCAUGGUGCUGGUGGUGGGCCAGUACUCCACCGGGAAGACCACCUUCAUCAAGUAUCUGCUGGAGCAGGAAAUUCCCGGCAGCCGGGUGGGACCCGAGCCCACCACUGACUGCUUCACGGCCAUCAUGCACGGUGAGGUGGAGAGCGUCAUUCCCGGGAAUGCACUCAUCGUGGACCCGAACAAACCGUUCCGGAAGCUCAACCCCUUUGGGAACACCUUCCUCAACAGGUUCCAGUGUGCCCAGAUGUCCAAUCAGGUUCUGGAGAGCAUCAGCAUCAUCGACACACCUGGAAUCCUGUCAGGGGCCAAGCAGAGAGUGAGCCGAGGCUAUGACUUUCCCGCUGUGCUGCGCUGGUUCGCUGAGCGAGUGGACCGCAUCAUCCUGUUGUUCGACGCCCACAAGCUGGAGAUCUCGGACGAGUUCUCGGAGGCCAUCGGCGCGCUGAAGGGCAACGAGGACAAGCUGCGGGUGGUCCUCAACAAGGCCGACAUGGUGGGCACCCAGCAGCUCAUGAGGGUCUACGGCGCACUCAUGUGGUCCCUGGGCAAGGUGUUCGGCACCCCUGAGGUUCUGAGGGUUUACAUCGGCUCCUUCUGGUCUGAGCCGCUCAUGGUGUCUGACAACCGCAAGCUGUUCGAGCUCGAGGAGGAGGACCUGUUCGCUGACAUCCAAAACCUUCCUCGCAACGCAGCUCUGCGCAAGCUCAACGACCUGGUGAAGCGGGCACGAUUGGUCCGGGUGCAUGCUCACAUCAUCAGCUACCUGAAGCAGGAGAUGCCGUCGGUGUUCAGGAAGGACAACAAGAAAAAGAACCUCAUCUACCAGCUGCCCGUCAUCUUCUCCAAGAUACAACUGCAGCACAACAUCUCCGCCGGAGACUUCCCUGAUUGUGCCAAGAUGCAGGAACAACUGAUGGUUCAUGACUUCAGCAAGUUCAAAACCCUGAAGCCCAACCUGAUGGCGGCCCUGGACGAGCUACUGUCGGUGGACAUCGCCAAGCUGAUGCCGCUUCUGCGGCAGGAGGAGCUGGAGGCUGGCGAGCAGCCCGGCGUGCAGGGCGGCGCCUUCCUGGGCACCCGCGCCGGACCCUUCGGCGAAGGCGACCCCUUCGGGGACGAGGAGGAGGAGGCGGGCGACGGCGACGAGGAUGAGCCCGACAAGUGGGUGGUGACCAAGGACAAGCCCAAGUACGACGAGAUCUUCUACAACCUAGCGCCCAACGAGGGCAAGCUGAGUGGCACCAAGGCCAAGAACUGGAUGGUCAGCUCCCGCUUACCCAACUCUGUGCUGGGUCGCAUCUGGAAGCUGUCCGACGUGGACCGGGAUGGCAUGCUGGAUGAAGAGGAGUUUGCCCUGGCCAGCCACCUGAUCGAAGUCAAGCUGGAGGGCCACGGUCUGCCCCCGGAGUUGCCCAUCCGCCUGGUGCCGCCCUCCAAGCGCAGGCAGAAAGGUUCUGAUGCCUGAACCAAUCAGUGGCUGGAUGGAUGCAGUAAUUCCCGACUAUUCAGGGGUGAUACGGACAGUUGAAAAAACUUUCUUGACACCAAUUACUACUUUCCUUUUAGCUUAGAGGUUGGUGCCACCUUGUGGCACCUUACGGCGUUGUGGCAAGAGCACACAAGAAAUGCGCUGGGAACCCUGAAUAACAAGGUAUUUCAGUGAAUAAAUAGAGAAGGUUUCAAAAAGAACAUAAUUAGGAAAUGAAAUUGGGACGAGUUAGUAGGGAUUAGUCUAUUUCCUAUAUUGUUAGUUACAAUAGUAAGUAUACACCAAAUUAUCACCCUAAAACAUGGGAAUAUAAUUUCAAACUCAUUCUACAACAGUGCUCUAACGGGGGGAGAAAAAGAAAUUGACUUAGAUGUACAGAUCGACCAGUGAUGGAUGGAUAGACAAACUCUUCACAUCUGUUGUCUAAUGUGGGGGAUUAGUGCUCCUGUUUCUGUUCCCUUCAAUAAAUACAACAGAUUAAUUUGAAUUUAGCACCUGAAACAAGAUAACGGCCCUGCUUUGGAAUAAUAAACAAACUUACUGGUCGCAACAUUAGAUACACCAUUCAUUCAUGCAUUUAUUCAUUCAUCUUCCGUACGGCUUAGAAUAUAUCGAGUAUAUCCACUUGUAUCCAUUGUAAAAAGUUUUAAAGAUCUAAGUAAGAGCACAGAUCUCCACCAAGGAUAAAAAUCUUUCCAAAAACUGACAGUUUUGUUGAAAAGUUGCUGCAUUCAAAACUGUCGGGAAUUAAGAAACGGAUCACUUGCCUAAGUUAAAGCAUAUAAGGACACAAAAAUCAGACAAAUGUCCUAUCGUGUGUUUUUGGUGCAUUAAAUGUUGAUGGGAAAUCACAAAUAUUUCAAACUCAAUUACACCACAACAGUGCAUGUAAUGUUUGUUUUCUAGCUGUUUUGCUGCAUUCAAGACCACCGGGAAAUCAGAAAUAACCUUCCGGGGUGCGACCUUGGAACAGUCCAGUGAAGCGUGAACUAAAAUCGUGGCUGAGAAUCGCGAUACGUUAUUUCUUUUGUAUUUGAAUAAACAAUCAAAGCAAACAGUUUUAUUUACUGUGCUACAUUCAAGGCUGCUAGAAAAUCAGAAAGACUUGAGUGGUCGCACUUUUUUGUGUUUGUUUUACCUCCCAGAAAUAAUGCAGAGACAGAUACAAUUAGAUACAAAAAACAAGUGUGUUUGAUGUCAAUGUCUAAUAUAAGCCAUAAUUGCAGUGAACAGUACUUUUAUUGCCUUUUACAUCAUAUGUGGGCAGCGGUUGUUUGUUUACAUUCAAGCGACGGUCCACCAUUUUGGACAUUUCCGACUCCCCGAGGUUUGUUCAAUGGAGUAUUUGUAUUUGUUCGAAUCCAACCCUUUCUGGCCUCGUGACUGAGCAAAACUCUUAAGACUUUCUCCUUGCCCGAGGUCAGAAAAGUCUGUCCGAUUGUCAUGAAACAGCAUUUCUUAGUUAGUUAGUACUGCAGUCCAUUUCCACUCUUGCAUUGGAUCCAAUUAGAUGGUGCAAAAGUACCGAAUGAAGUGGUUUCCUGGUGAAUAAAAGUAUAUCUAUCAUAACCCCUACGCAUGAUGUAUUUUCGCCUAUUGCCCUACACGCCGCUUCGUGAGCUCACCUAUUGUGUACGUAGCAUCAUUAGCAUUUAUUUUUACCACGAAUGCAUUUGCAGCUUUGUCCGCACUUUUUCUUUGUGUAUUUUUUCAGGUGGGUCUCAUCCCUGCUUCUGUUUACACAAUUGUAAUAAAAAUGUCCACAGAGCCAGAGAACUACUACUGCUAUUAUUAUUAUUACUACUACUACUACUACUACUACUACUACUACUGUGGACAGCGCCACCCUCUGGCAUCGUGUGGGCUACUACAAUACUGCAAUAAAGUUACCUGACUGUG